UCUGGAAAGAAUCUUAUAGAUUACUAAUUACGGAUAAAAAUGUUCUGUUAACGUUUUCAUUCCAUAGCAUUCCAUUUUUCGGAAUUAUUAAAUUAUUUAAAAAUUGAAAAAAGAAAUAAACGGCAGCCAUAAUUUCAACUUGGUAAAAUAAAAACAAAGCAGACGACUGCGGAUAUUGAUAUGUCUUUCCAAGUUUCCAGCAUGCUUUACAGAAAUUGCAGCUCAAGUUCAGGAAAUCCAGUCAAGGAGCAAGAAAUCUACGGUGAAGUUCAAAGUCGAUUUGAUGGAUAUGUAACUUCAAUUGCCACAACUGAUGAAGUUGAAGGAGAAGAUUAUGAUGGAGCAGUUGCCAUUGGAGGCAGGCAAACUUUCACAGCACCAGCUGCGAUUCUCAAUAAUGUGGCAGGAGAAGACUUUGACCCAUUUGCUGAACAUCGGAGAUCAACUAUUGCUGAUAGAGAAGAUGAAUACAGAGCAAUGCGUUGGAAGUUGAUUAUUUCCCCAGAACGUGUUGAUUCAUUUGCUGAAGGUGGAUUAUUCACUUGUGGGCCAGGAGCUGAUCUGCUCAAAUUCCCCUCCCGCGAAGAAACCGUUGAAGAGUUGUUUCUACUUUCCGUCGCUCACAGGGAGUUUUGGACGUUGGAUCUCUCACUUACGCUCACAUUAUUCGUGAAAAACAGUUGCGCGCCGAAGAGCAAGAGGUCCGCCGUAAGCUUACCGACAAAGGAUGGUACAUUAAAAGCUGUAUCAGUACCAUCAAACGGUGAAUCCAGAAGACCCCCAAUAUUUCGACAAGCUAUUGAUUGAUGUUGAUAAAGAUUCAUUGAGCCCAGAAGAGUUAAAGGAACGAAAAAUCAUGACUCUUUUACUUAAAAUCAAGAACGGUACCCCACCUAUGCGUAAAUCUGCAUUGAGACAAAUCACGGAUAAGGCUAGAGAAUUCGGAGCCAUUACUAGACAAAUCUACUCCGUUUGAAGGUUAUCUGCCGAUAGCAAAAGUAGAGAUGAUUCACGGCACGGAAUCAUGUUGGCCAGUGUUAAACUAUUGACAAGGAUUGCUACAAGAUCGCAAAGCGGGACAAUUUGUUUACAUGUUUUGCUUGUGAACUGGAGAGUAUUCCCUCAGCCGCCGUUGAAGCUAAUUCUAUUCCGCUCCAGCAAUCACGACCUAAACGGAACAGAAAACCGAACCCUCGUUACGACCAAAGUUCUCCGAAAAGGCGAAAUGCAGCAGUUAUUCCUUUCUCGGAUUCAGUUACCGCUUCAACUUCUUCAACUACAAACAUAAUUGUCAAUGAAACAUUUACUAUUCAUAGCUCCUCUAACCACUCAGUCGUCCUUGAAGAAGUUGUCCCUCCAAUGCCGUCAAUAAAUAUGGACUUUUCAGAUAUUCCACAGGAAUUACUUGACAUGGCAGUUGCCAAUAUGUCUCUGAAUGACUCUGCAAUUAAUCCUUUUGAUUUUUCUUUUUCUAGAUUAGACACUUCACUUCACCCACCAAGCCCAGUUAGACCAGAAGAUAAUUCCACAGCUAGCAGAUCAUCCUUUGAAUCAGAGAAUGGAGAUACUGUUCAUUCGCCUCGUCACGUUACUCCGGUCCCCAUCAGAGAGAAAAGCCUGAUUUACGAGGAGCCAAUCACACCAGCAAUCCGGGUGAAACACUUUUAUAUUGAAUUUGGGGCUUCGAUAAGGGGAAAGGAUCAGUUGUUGGAUGGAAUAGGUAAUCGAUAUGGGAGAAAAAGGCGAGAAACCCACUAAAA